UGUCAGUGUUGUCACCUUCGACGCACAGAUUUCUAAUAUUGUGCUGAAGAGCAACCUACAUUAAAUAAGUUAGUUUUGGAACGACACGUAUAAACUCAACCGUCAACUAAAAAAUCUGUUGCUUAUAAAUUCUCGUUUACCGGCGGUAAAAUAUAGUCGUCCACCAUAACAGAGUGGCUCAGACACUGCAACUUUCAUUUUCUCUCUCCUCAAUUUUCUGUCUUCUGUACAAAAAUGGCAGCUUCUUCUUCACCUGAAGAUCUUCGCCGAAGUCGAAUUCUCUCUAGUAAGCUCUACUUUGAUGUUCCUCCUUCCAAGGUUCCGCUGAUUUAUUCAUCUGAUUAUAAUAUUUCUUUCCUUGGAAUGGAAAAAUUGCAUCCGUUUGAUUCUUCAAAAUGGGGUCGUAUAUGCCAAUUCCUUGCUUCAGAAGGUGUGCUGGACAAAAGUUGUAUCAUUGAGCCAGAAGAAGCUUCGAAAGAGGACCUCUUAGUGGUACAUCCAGACAAGUACCUGGAUAGUCUUCAAAGCAGUUCAACUGUUGCUAAAAUUCUAGUGGUUCCACCGGUUGCAAUGUUGCCCAACUGUAUCAUACAGCGUAAAAUUCUUUAUCCAUUCCGGAAACAGGUAGGGGGAUCUGUUCUGGCUGCAAAGCUUGCAAAGGAACGAGGAUGGGCCAUUAAUGUUGGUGGAGGUUUCCAUCAUUGUUCUGCAGAUGAAGGAGGUGGAUUUUGUGCUUAUGCUGACAUCUCUCUGUGCAUUCACUUUGCUUUUGUUCGGUUAAAUAUUUCAAGGGUUAUGAUUAUUGAUCUCGAUGCACAUCAAGGAAAUGGUCACGAAGUAGAUUUUUCUAACGACAAAAGAGUAUACAUACUUGAUAUGUACAAUUCUGAAGUAUAUCCAUUAGAUUUAGUUUCCAGGAGGUACAUCAAUCAGAAUAUUGAAAUUCCAAGUGGGACCAUAACAGAUGUUUACUUGAAGAAAUUGGAUGAGGCACUUGAGGUUGCUAAACAAAAAUUCGAUCCUGAGUUGGUGGUAUACAAUGCUGGAACCGACAUUCUAGAUAGAGAUCCGCUGGGAUGUCUAAAGAUCAGUCCCGAAGGUAUAAUUAAGAGAGAUGAGAAGGUGUUUGCUUUUGCUCGUGAGAAAGGCAUUCCUAUACUAAUGCUUACAUCAGGAUAAUCAAGCAAGGAAGUUGAAUGCGGCAAAUAUAUUAUGCUCUUCGAAUAUAUUUUUCAUGGAAAACACACAAAUUUCAUAUGAUUAGAGGUGCAACAAAGAGGAUAUAUCUAUAUAGACACUUUAUUAUAUCAAACUAGUGAGUAGCCAACGCCCAGAAUACUACUUUUUAAUACUUGUGCAACUGUUAAUUUUUAAAAGCAUUUAAUAGUAUGUAUGUCGUACAUAUUUUCAAUUCUUUUAUAGUAUAAUAUUAUUUAGUAUGCAACACUAAAGCAUAAUUGACUAUUAGCCUAGCUUGUUAAAUAAUAACCUUGCUUUCCCCAUAAUAAUAAUUGAGCCUAGCUUGU